GAACAAUUUCCUGAGUGGCGCGAAAUACAUAUGUUUCGAAGUUUUAGGCAAAGGUGUUUGGAUUCCGAAACAAAGAAGUUUGGUAAACAAAGACUUUUUAUCCUUUAUCCAAGUUUCGAAGGAGAAUGUCGUUUUAGUUUGUUUCAUUUUGAAGCCUUGUAAAGAAAGAUGCUGACCCGUUCACGAAAUAGUAAUAAGGAACUGAACGAAUCCCUAAUUGAAACGCUGAAAUCGAAACACACCAUAACAAGAAAAAAAGUAAUUAUUAGUAGUCUUCUGGCGAGAGGGGCUGACAUCAAUCACUUAAAUUGUUUUGGAAACACUCCACUUCAUCUUGCCAGUAACACUAAUGAGGUUUACUUACUUUUCAUGUUAGGUGCAAAUGCUAACAUCCAAAAUUACGUCGGAGAAACUCCGUUGCUGCAUAUAAUCAAAAAGGAUAGAUCCAUACCCAUUGAUGCCCGAAAGAAACGUUUUAAAGAAUCUAAGGACAUCAUUAGGGAAUUUAUAAGAUUCUCAUUUAGAAAUCGCGACUUAAAUAUGAAUUUAAAAGAUUCUAAAGGUAAUUCCCCUCUUUUUGAAUAUGUUUUUAAGAAUGAGUGUGAUAUUAACAUUGUGAAGCAGUUUGUUCAUCUAGGUGCAGAUCUUAAUAUCAAAUCCUCCGGGCGUAACACUCUCCUACAUGCUGCUGUAACAAAUUAUUAUUGUAAGAAUGAUGUUGUACAAUACUUGCUUGAACAUGGAUUACAUCCUAAUGCAGAAAAUAUUCACAGGCAGACACCUCUUUAUUGCUGUCUAAGAAAUAGGAAUAUUAAGUUAGAUAUUGUGGAAGAGUUGAUUAAGCAUGGUGGGGAUGUCAUGAAAUCAGAUGUUAAUGGUAACACACCGUUAUAUAAUGCUGUGCUGAAUAGACAUUGUAAUCGAGAGCUGGUGGAUCUAUUAUUGCAUGGUAUUGAUCCGUCGUUCUUAAAUAGAAGGUUACGAUUUGGUGACACACUUUUGCACCAAGUUGUGACUCGUGCAGAUAUUAGUGUCAUUGAAAAGUUUCUCUCUUGUGGUGCCAAUGUAAAUGCAUUAGAUAGCACCUGCUGUACUCCUAUGCAUUUAGCAGUUAGUAUGCCUUAUUGUGAUGAAAGGAUUGUGGGUAUCUUGGUGAAAUAUGGAGCUGAUGUUAAUGCCAAGAGCAACGUAAACAGUACUCCACUUCAUAAAGCAUUUGAAAACACUAGAAAUAUGGCCGUCAUCAAAACUUUGUUAAGGUAUAAAGCCAAAAUGUGCACUCUUGAUAAUAAUGCAUAUACACCAUUGCACUACUUAAUUAAAAAUACCUAUUUCCAGCCAUCGUUUUUGAUUGAGUUGCUGUCUACAGAAAAGUCAAUUGAAGCAUGUUUAAAGCUUACAGCUAAUAAUAGAAAUUUCUUACACUUGUGCUAUUGUUACGGGAAGAGAAGUAUUUUGAAGAUUGUUCUUAAAUAUUUGUUUUUGAAGCAUCAUUCAAGGAUUAGUGAAAGGAAAUUCCCAUUAGUUGUCGAAGUCUUUUAUUCUAAGUUAGAAGAGUAUCAUUGGAAUUUAUUCAAUGAUUUCUAUCUAGCUUGCAUGAUGGAAAUCAAUCGGAUGCAGCGGGAUAGAGUUUCGGAUUAUAUAAAUUUUUAUAGUCUCCUGGUAAAUGAGUUUUCUCUACUGGUUAUGGCUCGAGACCAUCAGGUCAAAAAGCAAGUGAUUGAUGCAAUUCUAGUUAGAAUGACAAAUGAUCAGUAUCCAAUUUAUAAAGAUAUGGUAUUGUAUGUAAGGAAGCAAGAUUUCCUUGAAAAUCUUGAUGCUGUCAGGAUUUGUACUAGAGUUUAUCGUGAUGGAUCUUUGAGGAGGAUAAAUUUACCUCAGUUUCCUGUACGACAUAUUGCUGAGUAUCUCUCUAAACAGGAUGUGAUAAAUUUAAUAUUAGCAUAUUCCAAUUCUACUGAUUCGUUUGAGAGUGAAGCUGAUAUGAGCUUUGAGGAGGAAAAUGGAAGUGUAUUAUCUGAGAACCAUAUAGAUUUUACAAAAGAGGUGACAGUUGAAGUUUCAAGAUUAUCUCAGAUGGAUUUAAGGAAAUUAUGCAAACCUUGCAGAGUUGUUAUCAAGAACGAUAUUGAAACAAAACUACUUAUUAUAAAUUUAGAGAAUAAACAACAUGCUGGCAGUUCAUCGCAGCAGAAAGAGACUAAUUUAAUGUCUUGUGAGGAUAUCAAGGAUGGUGAUGAAACAAAGCCAGAUGUUGUAUGUUUAGAGAAUAAGCAAGGUACUGAAGGUUCAUCUCUGCCGAACGAGGCUAAUUUAUCAUCUUGUGAAGCAACUUGCGGGCCCAAAGAACAAAUAAAUGAUAACUCAGUCAUGCCAAUGGAUCAUUGAAUCUUUGUAAUUCUGUUUAAAAAAAAUGUUUCAAAUGAUAAGUCAAAUGAUAAAACUUGGUUAAUAGCAUUAUUGGAUUGAUGAGCAACAGUUAAAAAUCAUUUUGAGUUUAUAAAUUUUAUAACUUUGUUGAUAAUAUCAAUUUUUACUAUGGUUAAAAAGGCUUAAUUAUUUUUUUUAAACAAGAUAUGAACAAAAUUCAAUAACAUGCCUUUAGUUUAUUAUUAUUGCCAUUUUAAUUUCAUAACAUUAUCUCAGCUUUUUUUUCUAUUUUCUUUUCUGAUUUUUUAUAUAUAAGCUCAUUACAACAAAAAAUAUUUAAUUUUAUUAAGGUUCCAAUAAUGUGAAACAUCAAUGUUCAACAAAUCAAUCUUUACAUGUUGUUUGAUUUUUAUUUGCAUUUUCAUUUAUUUUUAAAUAUAAUUUAUAGGUUUUAUAACUGGUACUAAAAUUCAAAAUUUUAUUUUUUGAUACAUUUUUUACAAUUUCUUCUGAUAAAAGAUGGCAAUUUACUUUUAUAAUAUAAUUCUUUAAUUUCACUGAUUAUCAGCAUGUUUUAAUUUUAUAUUGUAUUCUCAUUAAUUUAUAGAAUUUUAAUUUUUGGCAUUGUAUGUUUGUUUAUUCAGUGAUCUUUUCCAUUUAUACAAUGUUAUUAUUUACUUUAUUCAACUUCAUUAUUUCAUUAUGUUACUGAAAUAUACCUUGUUAUAUUAUAGUAACAUAAGUGCAUCAGCACUGUUAAAAGUGAAGAUACCUCAAAUACUGUUUACUGUUAUACAGUUUAAAUAAUUUAUGAUUCAUUCAUUUUAAAAAUUUGUUAAAAUUUUUUUUUUAAAUACUAACAUUGAAGGAUUUUGUUGCUAAUAUUGUAAUAAAGUUUUUAUUAAAGAAUGAUUUUUAUUUAUAUUCACUGAUGGAGUUCAACUAUUGCAAUAAUAGGUGUAAUAAUAAAAAUUAAAUUUUUAGAAAAAAAAGAUUAAUAUCAAAAUGUUUAAUUAAAAUUUGUCCAUUACAAAAUUACUGAAGUCUUUUCGAAAUUUAAACAUAUUUAAGACCCAUAUUUUUAAGUUUAUAUAGUUUUUGAAUAUUUUAAUUUUAAGAGUAUAUCAAUGCAUGCUCUCUUAAUCCCAUAAUUAAAUAUGAAAGUUCAGUAUUGUUUAUAUUAUAGUUUUAAUGUUCUAUUAUAUUCAAAUUUAAUCGGAGCUCAUUGCAAUAAAUCAUGAAUUUUUUUUUAGUUCGAUUAAAUUAAAACUGUUACUAUACAUCGUUUUUUAUGUAAUAUUUAUUUGCAUUUCUUAAGAGUACUCUUGCUUAUAAUUAUGGAACUUAAAUGUGCAUGCUAAAAAUAAGAAGUAACAGCAGAGUAUGUUUUGAGCAUAUUUUGUCGUAUUAUUAUAUUGUAUUGAAGAAAUUGAUAAAUUUUAUUACUUUUAUAGGUUAGUAUUUUUAAUGAUAUUUAUGAUGUCAGUAUUUCUUCAUUUUAUUAUAAUAUAUUCCAUUCUAAGCAUUCACAAUUAAUGAUUUCAGGUUGAGGUUUGUGAUUGUUCUUUACUUUUCUAUUAAUUCAUUAAAGAGAUAAAUUGUUUUAAUAAUCUAGCCUAUAUUAUAUUUGUAUUGAAGAAGUUGAUAACUUUUUUUUGUUGUGAAAGGUUAGCAAGUUUGAUUAUAAUUUUUCAUAUUUACUAUGAUUUAUCCCAUUCUGAAAAUGGUGCACUAUAUUGUAUAUUGAUUACCGAAUUGUUAUUUGUAUUUGAUAAGUUCGAAUUCUAAAAAUUCUUUUUUUGUUCAUAAUCUACAAUGAUCAGUUCAUCUAUACUUAUUUACAUAUUGGGGUAUUUUGUGAUGAAUGUACCUACAUCCAUUUUAUUUCUUUUUUUUAAUUUUAUUUCUUGUUUCAGUUUUUGUUCUCUUAAAUGUUCUGGAACUAUUCUAUUGCACAUUAACAUUAAGAUUUAAUGUUAUGUUGUAAAAGAAUAUCAAUCCAUAUGAGCUUAGUUAUGAUUUUAGUUUUUGUGAUACUUGUGAUUUAAUUGGUUUAUAAUUUCUUUAAAAUUUUACUUAUUUGUUAAUGUUUACAUUUGUGUAUUGGUAAAAACACAUUUUUAAUUAUAUUUUAUAAAUUUUUGUGAUUUUUUAAAUAAUAAUUUAAUAUACAUUAUGGAAAAAGUGCAGUGCAUUUUGUUAAUUAUAAUAACGGAUGAGAAUUAUAUAAACGUUUUGUUAAUUAUAAUAAAAAUUAUUUCAUUUAGUUUGAA